UCACACUUGAUGGGUUAACAAAAAUAGAAAGAAAAUCAUUCAUCUUAUACAUAAAAUAUUUUAUCUCCGGCGGUGCCGCAUCACGGCCUUUUCCGCGCAAGCAUUGUCGCGCCGACAGUUAACAAAAUGAGUGAAGGAACCGCCACUAUUCGCACGAGGAAGUUUAUGACCAACCGCCUGCUAUGCAGGAAGCAGAUGGUUGUUGAUGUGCUCCACCCGGGCAAGCCGGGCCUGAGCAAAAACCAGAUUCGCGAGAAGCUGGCGAAGAUGUACAAAGUUACCCCGGACGUCUGCUUUGUCUUUGGCUACAAGAACCACUUCGGCGGCGGUCGCACUACCGGCUUCGCUCUCAUCUACGACACCCUGGACUUUGCCAAGAAGUUCGAGCCCAAGCACCGUCUCGUCCGACACGGCCUCCUCAGCAAACCUACCGGCGGCCGGAAACUGCGGAAGGAACGCAAGAACAGGAUGAAGAAGGUCCGCGGCACGGCCAAGGCGAAGGUCACAGCUGGAAAGAAGCGUUAAACAUCUAUCAGCACAGCUCAGCGGCGGCAUCGUAGUAAGACCGGGGGUGACGCUCUACCAUCGAGUCAUCCGCUUUAUACCGCUCCUCCACAAUGUCUGAUCGAUAAUAUACCUGUCGGACCGUCA